AUGGGAGCUAUCAUGUCGGCGACGCUCGGGGAAAUUUGUGCGUACAGAUUGCUCAGACAGGACGUGACCGCUGGGGAAAUUCCGCCUUACAUGACUGAUUUAUUUAUUGUACUCCUAGCAGUACUGGAGACAACAGUUGCACCUUUUAUUGGUUGGGUCGGGCAAAAUAGACGGAGAAUCAUGAUGGCAGUGGCGUGCUUAGCAACCGGAGUCUUCACAUUUCUGUGGUUUGCUCUACCGAAGGUGCAUAUGAGAAGUGAAGGUGUUGAGUUUUGCGACGGGGCCAUAAUGUCUCCGGAUAUCAGCGGUGGCCCCAACAUUCCACUAAGACUGCUCAUUAUUAUAUUAACGUUCAUCUUCUUUGGUGUAACGAGACUUAUCGUCUUCUCUCACGGGAUUGCUUACAUUGAUGAGCACGCACCUUCUAAAAUGGCCUUGCAUUUUGGGAUCCUCACAACAUCCCGGAUGCUGGUUUUCGUUGUAGGUUACAAUAUGUUGACGAAAUUUGUGGAAACUAAUAUGACAAUUCAAAUAUUGUUGGUCGCUAUCGGCCUAUCGACCAAUUCUCUAAAGCUGAUAAUGAAUAUGCCGAGGAAAACCUUAAAAUCAGAGGAUACGCCAUCUAUACCGAAGCAUAAUAGAAGGUUCUUUUCCAGCAUUGGACGCAUUUUCUCUAAUACUUUGGUGACGUCACAAAUGGUUGCGAUGGCUCUGACUGCUUCUGCGAUUUGGGGAUUUGCGUACCACCAAGAAGCGUUCAUCAAGUUCUUGGGUGUGAAGUUUGGGCCACCAAUGAUGCAAAAAAUAGAAAAGAAAAAAAUGUUGAGCAUUAUAAUUAAAGCAAAUGCCUUGAUGAUACCCGCUUAUAUUGCAUCAGGCGCUCUCUCUUGUACGACAGGCAACGUUGCAGGCUUAGAGAAGGAUAGCUAUUCGCAAUCACAAUGCAGUCAAACGUGCGGGUGCGACAUCGAAUGGCCAGAAUUUUUACCUGUCUGCGUUGACCAGGUAGUAACCUACUUGUCGCCGUGUCACGCUGGAUGCUCGGGCUUUGAGUCCAUAGGCGGGGUACAGUUGUACACGAAUUGCACUUGCGCUUCGUUAACCAGCCGCGCUACUAGUGGGUCCUGCAGUGAUAGUUUAUGCAGAGGAAUAUUCGGACUGCAUGAGUUACUCUAUACAGUGAUACUCUCAGGUUCUGCAUUAGCUUUCCAAGCGCACGGCAUGGUGAUGCUGCGUUCGUUUGAUAAUCGCGACAAGUCUGUUCUUGUGGGCAUGAUCAAUAGCGCCAUCGCACUUAUUGCAUUUUGUUGCGGACAUCUCGUAUUUUUUGGGGUUAGCGCUGGUACUUGCAAUUGGUAUGAGAACGGCAGGUGUGUACUGCAGAACAAAACGUUUCCGUUUGUAGUGGGCGCCGUGUGCGCCACCAUUGUGCUGUUCUCCUUACUAAUCACCAUCACCACCGUUGUCUUCAUGAACAAGGCGGAAAAACGAGCGAAGGUCGUACCACCUAUAGAAGAGGAGGCUAUACCUCCAAAUGUUACUGAAAUGUAG